AUGGAUCGCAAGCCCAAGCUCGAGCAUGUCGACGGUCCUCCGUCCCACACGGCCUCGCCCGCCGACUCGCCCCUGCCCUCGACCUCGUCCUACCGCGACUUUGUCCUGCGCGCCUCGGCCCCGUCCUCGUCGACCCACACCAAGUACAACGUCAUGAAGUUUGCCGUCACCGGCGGCGGCGGCGACCGCGUCAUCGACCCGCAGGACGAGAGCCAGUUCCUCCGCCCGGUCAAGCUCAACCGCAAGGACCCGCGCACCGUCCGCCGCCUCACCGACGAGGACCGCGAGCGCCACAACCAGCGCGCCAUCGAGCGCGCAGCCCGUGCCGCCGGCGUCAAGAUGGAGGUCGACGGCGACGGCGCCGUCAAGGCCGAGGACGGUGCGGCGGCCGACGGCGGCGAGGGCGACGGCGCGGCGGCGGCCCAGGACGACAAGGAGGAGCUCGACCUGUCGCUCGUCGGCAAGGGCGCCGGCGGCGCGACCAACGUCCAGCGUCGCGGUCCCGGCGGCAUGUUCAAGAAGAAGACGCGCCGCGUCUUUGUCUCGUCCGAGGAGGCCCGCCGGCUCAAGCGCGAGGAGUGGCAGCCCUGGGUCCUCGAGGACGACGAGGGUCGCGAGCGGUGGAUCGGUCGGCUCGAGGGCGGCGCGGGCGAGAUCGAGAGCAGCGCCAAGGCGCCGCAGCAGCAGAACGGCAACCGCGCCGGGCUCCAAGGGUGGCGCCCGGCGGCCGACUCGAACGCGACUGGCUCGGGCGGGAGCGCCUACGUCGCGUUCGUCUUGAGCGACAACCAGGACGAGUUCCGCGUCCUGCCCGUCAGUCGGUGGUACCGCUUCAACCAGGGCCCCAAGUACCUCACGCUCGCCGAGGAGGAGGCCGAGGAGGAGUACGCCCGUCAGCAAAAGUCGAAGGACCCGGAGCGCUGGGUCAUGCACCGCCGCAUCGCUCCGCCUCCCGGCAGCGCCGCAGCAGGCGCCACGGCCUCGUCCUCGUCCGGCGCCUCGACCCCUCGCGGCGCCGCCGCGUCGUCAUCCGCCCCGUCCGCCUCGUCGCUCCGCUCGCGCAUGCUCGCCAACUCGGCGCAGGGCUCGCGCCUCGACGUCGCCAAUCGUGCCGGCGGGCGGCCGCAGGAGGAGACCAAGGAGCUCGAGGAGCGUAUCCGCCGCGAGAUGCGCGCCGUCGAGCGGCCGGACGAGAUCCCGGACGACGACGAGGUCGACGCGCUCGAGGGCGAGGGCGAGCGGCUCAACCGCACGGGCAAAGAGAUCAAGAAGCUCGUCAAGAAGUCGGACAAGACGGGCAACUACGAGUCGGACGACGACGUCGAGAACCCGUACGCGAGUGACGACGACGACAGCGACGCCUCGGCUACGUCGCACGCCUCUGGCGCCCGCCCCGGAUCGCGCGCCGCAUCGCCGACUCGCGGUUCGUCCACCUCUCGGCCCGCCUCGCGUGCCGCCUCGCCCUCCUCCUCCGGCGCCGCCAUGCUCGCCCGCCGUGCCGCGUCGCCCUCGUCCAAGCGCAAGCGCGACGCCGGCGCCGGGAGCGACAGCGAGGGCGGCGCCUCGUCGUCGACCGCCGACGGGUCCAAGCGGCGCAAGGGCGGCUCGGGCUCGGGCAAGGGCAAGUCGCCGUCGCCUGGACCGUCGAGCGGCCUUGCGCCGGGCGCGCUCCUGAGCGAGGCCGACCUCAUCGCGUUCCUCAAGGCGCGCCCGGGCCAGACGAGCCCGACCAAGGACCUGCUUCGGCACUUUGGGCGCGCGCUCAAGGACAAGCGCAACAAGGAGGCGAUGGGCGGCCUCCUCAAGGCUGUCGCCGACUUCAAGGAGGGCAGCCUCGUGCUCAAGGCCGGGCUCUGAGCGCGAUUUCCUCUCGCGCUCGUUCUCUCGAGCUCUCGCCUCUCGCUCUCUCGUACUCUCUCCCUUGCAUCCUGCAUUGUCCAAAUCUCAUGUCGCGGACGUC